AUGUCGAGUAUUCCAGGCUGGGUUCUCGAUUCUAAGCUUGAGAUUCACUCCCAUGGCAAAUACGAGACAGUGCAUGCCUACUAUGGGCAGGAAUUUAGUUCCCAGCGACCAAUCAAAAAGUUAGAACACUGGCAGCGGGAGAAGAAGAUUAGCAGUGGUGGAUUUGGAGAGGUGUGGCUGGAGAGAUGCACAAAAGGAAAGCAUGGCCAUCAGGUCCGCGCAACAAAGGAGAUGGAGUACGAGCGAUGUUUUGUCACGUCUUUCGGGUGGUACCAGACCCAAACUAGCUUAUUUAUUGCGAUGGAAUAUCUUGAGCUUGGGGAUCUACAUAAUUAUCUGCUUAAGAAGAAGCAGCCACUACCGGAACUUGAGGCGCGGUCCAUAAUGUCUCAAAUCCUUGAGGGCCUUGAUUUAAUGCACGGCAAUGACUUUGUACAUCGUGACUUGAAACCCAAAAAUAUUCUUUUGAGAUCCUGUCCACCAGAUGAUUGGUGGGUGAAGAUCGCAGACUUUGGGAUCAGCAAAUGUAUCGAAGAUGGUCUUGAACAAUCAACAACCAUGAAUGGCACCAUGGGAUAUAUUGCUCCUGAACUGCAUAAAUUGACUGAACGCGGUACUCCCUAUGCCGCUGACAUUUGGGCAGCUGGAGAGGUUAUGUUCCAGAUUUUGACCAAGCAACCCACAUUUGAGCAUCUUGGAUUGCUCUCCAACUAUGUCCAAACGCCUAAUAUCUUUCCUUGCAAUAAACUUUUGGCCAACCGGGUCAGUCUACUUGGAGUUGAGUUCGUCUUGUGCCUUAUGGAUCCUAUCCCGGCACGCCGGAUGUCAGCCAGAAAUGCUUUACAGCACAGGUGGAUUUGUCAGUCAUUGCCCAACAAUCGAAGUUCAGAUACACUUGCAUAUAAAGAGGCACAUACUACAUCAUCGCUUGACUCGAUGACAGAGCGUUUUGCAUCAUGGAACACUGUCAAAUAUACGGGGGCAUUCGAAACUUCCAUUGCGGGAGAAAAACAAGAAUUGGGGAAAUCGUCUCUCCAGACUUCUAGCAACGCAACUGUGAAGUCCCAGCCAGUGCAAAGUGCCACGGCUGUCAGAACAAUGCUCCCUAGAGCGCUCAAGGGCCACUCUAAAUUGGUGACUUGCGUGACAUUUUCACCUGAUGGUAAAUUGGUGGCUUCCGGAUCUAAUGACCUGACAGUCAUACUCUGGAAUACUACCACGGGCUCUAUACACACAACGCUUAAGGGCCAUUCUAGCAGGGUGACCUCCGUGGCAUUCUCCUCUAAUGGUAAAUUAGUGGUAUCUGGAUCUCAAAAUCGGACAGUCAUAGUCUGGAAUACUACUACGGGCGCUAUACACACAACGCUUGAGGGUCAUUCUAGCUGGGUGACUUCCCUGGCAUUCUCGCCUGAUGGCAAAUUGUUGGCAUCUGUAUCUGAUGACCUGGCAGUCAACCUCUGGGAUACUACCACGGGCACUAUACACAAAACACUUGAGGACCCUUCCUCUUCCUUCUACUCUUUGGCGUUCUCACCUGAUGGUAAAUUACUGGCAUCUGUAUGUUGCAGUUAUGUCAUCCUCUGGGAUACCACCACGGGCACUAGACACAGAAUUCUUGAGAAUCAUUCCUCUUCCGUCGACUCUGUGGCGUUCUCAUCCGAUGGUAAAUUGGUGGCAUUUGCAUAUUUCUCCAAAAUCGAACUCUGGGAUACCACCACGGGCACUAGACUCAAAACGCUUGAGUUCGAUACCUAUAGAGUCCAGUCUGUGGCUUUCUCACCUGAUGAUAGAUUGCUGGCAUCUGGAUCUAAUGAAAACACUGUUAGACUUUGGGAUACUACUAUGGGUGUUAUAUACAAAACAUUUGGGGGCCAUUCUAGUUCCAUCACAUCUGUGGUAUUCUCGCCUGAUGGUAAAUUGGCGGCAUCUGGAUCUACUGACAAAACAGUCAGGCUCUGGGAUGCUUCCUUCUAA